GACAAAACCGAAGACCGGAAGACACCAGCCGCUAUGCUCCGAAGCAUCAUCUGGCAGUUGCUACUGCAGAAAGAGGAGCUUUUUCAGCACAUCGAGCUGUACUUUGACAAAACAAUAACCUUGCUUCCAACAAGCCCUUUGAGGACUUCUGGAUACUCUGGGAAAUCCUUAUCAAUAUGCUCCAAGGUAAGAGAACUGGCGAAAUAUUUAUCCUUAUCGAUGCUGUGGACGAGUGCGAACAAUCUACGCGCGAGAAUUUACUCAUUCGGCUAAGGGGGCUCUUUGAUGAAGAUUUAACGCAGGGAGUGAAGUUCUUGGUUACCUACCGACCAGGAGUAGAUGACAUUGAGUACGAGCUUUGUGACAUUGGUACCCACUUGGUGUUGGAGGAGUCGAACGAAGUCAAUAUCGAUCUGUCUCGCUACAUCGGCGUGAAGACAGAUGAUCUAGCACGGAGGAGGAAAUACAGUGACGGCCUAAAAAACGAAGUGAAAAAUGCUCUAGGUAAUCAAGCCAGAGGCACCUUUCUCUGGGUAUCCCUCAUGCUUAGCGAGCUGCGAUACGUACCCAACCAUCACGUCUCGAACAAACUCAAAGACCUUCCGAAGGGGCUCGACCAAACAUAUGCCAUGAUUUUGAACAGAAUAAGCGAGACGGAGGAUGCUCAAUUUCUCUUAUUCACUCCGCUCGCUGCCAAGCGCCUCCUGAAGAGAAAGGAAAUAGUAGCUGCAUAUGUAUUGAACAAAUACGGCACCCUAAUGGCACCCUAAUGGAGGCCCAAAGCCCUCAUGACUACCGCGACAUAUGCUCAUCAUGCAGCCCCCUCGCCUAUAUUGCCAGAAAAGAUAUCGUUGAUGGCACUGUUUUCUAUGCUUCCAGCGAUGAGAACUACGAGGACGAUGUGGCAGUCAGCUUUUGCCACCAAUCAGUCAAAGAUUUUCUGCUGCAAAUUUAUUGUUGUUCCAAUAUUGCAUGGGCCCACACCUCUCUAGACAAUGCGAAUCUUCAC